CAUUUUAGUUUUUUUUUCUGAAAAAGUCCCCAAUAAAUAUUUUUGUACCAGAACUUUCUCAUAGUCACCGGCGCCGGCGCAAUUCCUCCGGCAUCCGAGACCUAAAGAGAGAUGAACAACAAAGACGACGAAAAGCAUAAAGAAGAAGAAGGAGAAGAAUCGCCAUCUCACUCUCAGCAAACAGUUUCUGAUGAUGAUGAGAUAGAUUACUCCGUCAAGCCAGAAUUUUAUGAUCCAGAACUUGAUGACAAAGAUGAAGUCUGGGUCCAAAAGAAAAGGGGUGGUCGUACUUCUGAUGCCAUCCUUAAUUGUCCAGCUUGUUUUACCACCCUUUGUCUAGAUUGUCAAAGGCACGAAAAGAAUGUUACGCAGUACCGAGCAAUUUUUGUAGUCAAUUGCAAGAUCAAGAGUGAACAAGUGGUGGCACAGCUUGGAAGCAAACGAAAGAGGGGUAAGAAAGGACGUGGAUCUUCUGAGGCUGAAGCAGGUUCUGAUAUGGGCGAGACAUAUAAACAUGUAUGCUGUUCAGUUUGUUCAACGGUGGUUGGAGUCAUCGACGAAGAAGAGGUGUAUCAUUUCUUUAACGUUAUUCCUAGUGAGUCUUGACAUGUUCCUCCUGGAAAUGGCCUUAAGCUCUCAGGAUAUAGUUUGUUAAACAUACGUUUUCGGCUGCACAUUGCUGUUAACUUAUGGGGUCAAAGAACACUUCUCAUUUAUCUGGGAGGGUGUUUUUAAUAGUAUGUUGGGCUGCCAAAAAAUUGCAGUUUGUGCUAAAGCAAAAGCUUCCUUCCUUAAUGGAGGAUGGUCUACUUCAUGUAUGUAUGGCAAAAUGAUGGAGAAUAAGUUGAAAGUUGACACCAGACUGUUUGAUUACUUAUGAUUUAUGAUCACUUUUUCCUUGAUCAAUAGUAAAGUUUCUAAUAGAGUUAGUUAUAUAUUUGAUACA